GGUACAACGAGUAUUUGUAGAGGGAAUGACAAGUGAGGUAAUGAAGUCGACGGAAGAUGUGCAAGAUUCGGUGAUGCAAACGUUGGAUAAAGAAGAUGCCCCAAUGGCAGCAAAAGUGCUGGUCGCGCAAGUUUUGUCACAGAAACUAAGUGACGCUACCAAGGAGGAAAUCAAAAAACAAUUAUCACCACUUCAGAUUCCAUAUAUUGAAGACGAUUCAAUAAGCAAAGGUCCCGAAGAUGACGAGGCAACACUAAAUGAUGAUAACGGUUCAGGAAUGGUGCAUAAUGGACUCGGUUCGGGAUCCAAGAAGCAAAUGUGUAUCUUUACACCUGUUACUAAACUGUACUGCGUUAGUCAGAUGAAGGAGCUGUGAGAUUGGUAUCUACGUGUUGGACACAUCACUGCUAAUUAGAUGACAUGAUAAAUAAAUUGACUUGCUCAGUU